UUCUUUUAAGGAAAAUUCUUUAUGAUGCUCUGAUUUUAGUAGAAUAUUCUUUCCUUGCUCCUGGGAGUUUGGCUCAAGUAUCAGCAAAGCAUACCAAAAAUAUCACCUUAGGAAAAUUGAUGGUUACCCAUGAAGCCAUAGAGUAUUUCAGGGAAUGUGCAGACCAUAACAAAGCCAUCUCCUAUUCGAAUGCAUUUGCUAAUUCUAGUCUACCCUCUGAACUUCUUAAAUGGAUAAAAAACGAGACUGGUAGUGAAGUUACUAACAGUGGCCCAAAUGGAUCGUCGCCAAAAGCAUUUUUAAGAUGGAUGCUAAAUAUAGAGAAUAGAGGGAUAAGGAUAUUUGAUGAGGAUAUGUCAAAAUUUCGUGCCAAAUUAAUAUCUGAUAAUUUGAAAGAAGACUUGGAGAUGCUUGGAAAUAAAGGAGAGGGGAAGGCAUUAGAUACUGAUCUUUUUUACAUAGACAACAAGGGAGAAAACGAUGGAAAUGAGGAAGAUGAAAACACGAGUGAAUCCAUGAGUGCUGCGUUCAUGGCCGCUGCUCAUUCAAUGCAAUCUGCAGAACAUGGAGGAACAAAACGACGAGCUAAAAAAUCUGAAAAGAGAAAGAGGGUGAAGUUCCUCAAGUAUAGCCUGGCUGAGAAUUCUGAGAGCUAUACAUUUCCAAGCAACGAUGGUGGGAGUGAUGUUGAGAAUCCAUCGUCUGAUGAAGAAUUGGAAGUACGGUAACAAUGAAGACCUUGAGAUAGAGAAGUGGUGAAUCUAAACACUUGCCCAGCUGACAAUGAGUGUUUUGUUUUUUUCUUUAGAACUUCGAAUCACAAGAAGGCAAUAUGCAUCGCCCUUCAUAUAGCAGCUGCUCGACCAAGCAACCAAUUACCACCCUAAAAGCGUAGCCACUCGCCUUCUCUAAAGGAAACUACAAUAUCAAAACUCAAUUAUUAUCUGGCAAGUGGUAAGCUCAAUUUUGGUAGGCAGGUUAGAUUUCUUCAUUUGCAGAAGGAAUAGUAGUCUUCGGUAUGGGCCAGGGUGCACCUGCCAUGACUGCCUCAAUCUCUUUUAUAUUCUUAAAGUUUGUUAUAAUAUUGAUACUAAUUUUUAUCAUUUUUAUUUUUCUC